AUGUCGCAUUUAGAACAACUCGAAGAUAAAAUCCAGCACACCUUCACCUCCGGUCAACCCGGAACAACCGGUCGUGAACCAUUUGAGGAAGACCGAGGAGAAAGCAACCCUUUCCACCGACCUGACCACAAACAUGAAGGUACACACAACAUCGGUACAGGAAGUGAUUUGAUCGGUCGAUCAUCCACUGGUACCGGAAACGAAAGAGACAUCAACGCUGGCGGUGGUCAACAACACCAACACAACCUCGGAUCAGGUCUCACUGGAGGUGCUGCUGGUCAAGGCUAUGACGGCAACAACAGAACUGGUGAACACCAUCACCAACACUCUGGCCAAAAUGCCGGUCUUGGCCAAACUGGUCGAGCUUACGACUGUGGACAGAUUGGUGAAGACCAUGCGUCUCACAGACACGGUCACCACGACAACGACGGUGUAAACUACCCUACUACCGGAUCAGGCAUGGGUUCAGGUGGUACCGCUGGCGGUGCAGGCAUCACAGCUGGAACUCACGGUUUCCAACAUCAAGGCGGUAACUCCGGUCAAGGUGUCACUGGUGCUUUCGAGAAUGAUGCUAGAAGAGAAGUUGGUUCUCACGGUGGUCACCACACAGGUUCAGGUCUUACUGGAUCUGACAAAGUUGGAAACCUCGGACAGAACUCCGCUGAUUACGAGCGAACUGGAGCUGGUGGACCUAUCUCUGGCGGCGCUGCCGGUACCGACAGAUUUGAUUCUGACAGGCAUCACAACACCGGUGCUACAGGUAGACACACUGGAGAAAGCAUUGAGAACCAAACCGGCACAGGUGGUAACGGAGGCAACUCCGCCUCAUUUGGUGGCGCUUUAGGCUCUCUCGGUACAUCAAACGAUGAGUUCAUUGGUAAAGACCGAAGAUCAGGCGGUGCCUACGCCGACACUGAAGGCACAUUCAAGAACAACACUUCUGGACCAGGUGGUAACACCGCUUUGACAGGUAGAGAAGGUACAACAGAUCAAAACCCUGUCGCUCAAGCUAAAUCUGCUGGUCAUGAAGUCGGCUCAGGUCCUACUGGUGCUACCUCCGCUCACACCGGUACCGGUGCUGAAGGUGUUGAACCUCACAAGAAAGGUAUCGUAGAGAAAAUCAAGGAUAUGCUUUAA